AUGUCACAUGUAGACGCAACAAAGAAUGCAGGUAGCACGGAUGGCGAUAAGCCAAAGAAGAAGAUCUUGCUGAACGGUUUUGAUAUGUUCACUGUCGGACACCUUUCCUUUGGCCAAUGGCGUAAUCCAAAGGAUCGAGCGAAGGACAAGCGACGCGAUCUCUCGUACUGGACUGACUUGGCGAAAUUACUUGAUAAGGGUGGCUUUACGUCUUUGUUUUUGGCCGACACAUUCGGUCCAUAUGACGUAUAUAAGGGCAGUGCAGAACCAUCAAUUCGGACUGGCAGUCAGUGGCCGAUGGCGGAUCCCGUUAUACCUGUCUCUGCUAUGGCCGCAGUGACUAAGAAUCUCGGCUUCGCGAUUACUACUUCGACUUCAUAUGAGCAACCAUAUGUUGUCGCCAAACGAUUUGCGACUCUGGAUCAUCUAACUAAUGGCCGAUUCGGGUGGAACAUCGUCACUAGCUGGAAGGAGUCCGCCUCGAAAGCGGUUGGCCUUCCAUUAGUGGAACAUGACAAACGGUACGAGAAUGCCGAUGAGUAUUUGCAAGUGUUAUACAAGUUAUGGGAGGGAUCAUGGUCAGAUUUGGCCUUAAAGGAAGACCGAGAGAAUGGAGUCUAUGCAGACUUUGACCAGAUUCGUACUAUCCAUCAUCAUGGCAAAUUCAACGUGGACGCACGCUUUAUUGUCGAUCCGUCACCACAAAGAACGCCAGUAUUGUUUCAAGCGGGCACAUCACCUGCUGGUAUCAAGUUUGGCGCAACUCACGCUGAAGGCAUCUUCGUUUCCGGUCUCUCACCGCAUGUAGUCGCUCCUCGGGUCAGGGCAAUUCGUGAGGCCGCUGCAGCAGCAGGUCGUGACCCAGCCUCGGUUAAGAUCUUUGCGAUGAUUACACCAAUCAUUGGCAAGGACGAAGAAGAUGCCAAGCGCAAGUACGAGGAGGCUCUGAAAUAUGUCCUGAUUGAAGGCGGACUGGCGCAAUUCUCAGCUGGCUCUGGCAUUGACGUCUCCAAAUUCGACCUGGAUCACGAGUUGACUGAGAAAGACAUUUCGCAGCUUCAGCGAGUGCAGUCAUCAAUAUACAAUCUCCAAUAUCGUGGCGAAGAUGUUCCAAAGCUGACACCGCGGAAUUUAGGUACAGUGGCUGCCAUCGGAGGAACAGGAGCAAUGCCCGUUGGUACAGCUAGUCAGGUAGCCGAUGCGUUUGAGCAGUGGAUCGACAUCGCGGACGUUGAUGGAUUCAAUCUAGGCUAUGUGAUUACACCCGGGAGCUUUGAGGAUGCUGUAGAGUUGCUGGUGCCCGAGCUAAGACGUAGGGGGUUGCUGGCAGAGGCAAUUCCAGAAGAUGCACCUCAACAGACAUUACGCGAGCAGAUCUAUGGAGUUGGACAAAAGGGAUUGCGGAAGGACCAUCCCGGUUAUAAGUUCAAGUAUGGGACGUAUGAAGCCAAUCAGGCCGACUAG